UGUCUACCAGGUGGAACAAAUCGCUAGAUGGGGUUUGUCAGCUUAUCGCCCUAGAGGCUGUACUGAUGUUUGGAUGAAAGACGGCAGGAAGUCAUGAGUCAAGGCAAGGAGGAUCGUGGACAGACUGUGCCAAAAACGGCUCGGAACUCUAUCCGCCUGCCGGCCAUCGCCAAGAAGUAUAUCCGGGGUACCUAUCCGCGCGAAGGAUCACCAGCCCUGGGAGCUCCUCCGAUCCACAACUUGCCGACCCUCCUUCGUCUGCUGGUCUAUGUGUCUAGCCAGCCAUAUGUUCACAGCAAGGUGAGACACGGUAAGUUUACCAAGUCGCGCAGUCCCUGGCGACGCCGACCUCGUUCUGGUCAAAGGUCGACUACUGGAUUCGAGUUUGGAUGUCAGCGCUUACCGCUCUCAGCUGAAGAUGUAUAUAUGUAUAUGCUACAUCUAUACAUUGCUGCGCUGCGCCGUCGUUCUCGUGACUACAAUAGUAGGUCUGGAGUCGGUACAAUGGCUUUGUAUACUGAACACCACCACCACAAAUGCAAGUUGACGAUAUGGCUGACUGCUUCGGAGAAUUAACGAAAUGUUAUUGACAAGACCACGCUCUGAUUUUGGAUGCAGCAGCGUCUGUACACAAACUCACGUUGCAAUACGAGCUGAUGAACUCGAGUUCGCUAGAGGGGUCAAACCUUCUCCAGACCUGAGGACGACUUUUCAGUUUGUGCUAGCUCAUCAUGACUUGAUGCAAACAUGCAGGGAACACGAGAACAUCAUACCUCCAGACUCAUACACAGCCAAAGUUAACACCACGAA